CAGAGGGCGCCAUGAACGCUGAUCUGAAACGCAUAGAAGUUUGUUGGCUUUAGUAAAGCUAGUGAUCUAAAAUCUAAAAUGCUCUUGCAGCAUUAAAUUGUUAUGGUUAUUCCAUGAGAUGCGUUUUAACAGUAGAAAUAAUAAGUUGUUGAAGUGAUACACAUUAGUUCUUCAUCGAGUGUUUUACUCAAUUGGUUCAAUUAAGCUUGUUCAACCGCACAUGUUGUCUAACGACAGUCGAGAUUGGACGUGUAAUAUAAUCGGAUUUUAUUGAAAUGGCUGUCAAAGAAAGACAAAGCGAAAUCCCGUUUGAGAUAGACUGGAACGUAGAAAAUGAGAUCCAGCUUUUUUUCGCCAUGAAUGGACAUAAGCCAGUUGGUGUCAAUAAGUAUUUCCACAUGGUAUGUAUAUGGGAAAAGUUUCGAGCUGCCAUCCACAAAGAUGUUCCGCUAAAAGUAAUUUGGGAUCAUUUGGAGUCAAUGUAUGACCUGAUGGCUUUGGAUGACAUGGAAGAUUUACCUUUUCCUGGUCAAGAGGUAGACUUUUCCUUACCAGAAACAGAAUUUACAGGAAAGCCUCGCAAGAAGGAAGAUUUGGAGAUAAAACAAAAGGAUCAGAGGGAUAAGUACAAAGAGAUUAAGAAAGAAAAGGACAUCAAAGAGAGUUUGAAGAAAGAUAGCAUGUUGCGUGAUUUUAAAGGAACCAAAGAAAUAGAUAAGAAAAAAGAAGAGACGAAGAAAUACUCGAAGGAGGUAGAUAUGAAAAAGGAUAGAAAAGAAUUUAGAGAUGUGAAAGAGACAAGGAAAGAACAUAAAUCUUCGAAAGGUCGUUCAAAAGGGAAGGAAGAUUCAGAAGAGAGCGCAUCAAAUGGGAAGAAGGAGCGUAAGGAUUCCGAAUCUAAUCGCGAACUCAUGAAAAGGAUCCCAAAAAGGCCAACCAGACAAAGCGUGGACAGUUCCUCGAAAGCUUCUUCCAGUCCACGCGAUACGCCUCCGCCGAAACGGAGAAGAAUAUAACAGUUAUUGUAAAUAAGAGAGACACUAUUGCAUUCAUGUCUUACUAAAAAAAACCUCAGUCGCAUAAUUUAUCAUAUGAAAUUAUCUUAAUAUGACACUGUAUUCUUUUAACAAUGUGAAUAUAUACAUAAAUAUAGACUAAGUUGAUUUUAUAAAAAGUUUAUACUGUGUGAUGUAAAUAUAUCAUUGUAUCUUUUUAA